GCCUUAUAUAAUUUAUAUCUUUUGCUGAAAUAUAUUCUCUUAAUAACUGACGAUUUUUCGAGACGUGUAUUACUGCACAUUACCGGCGAUAUUUACCGAAAAAUUAAUUUCAAGAGAUUCUUUUCGCGGAUUCUGACAGUAAGUGUCAGGCGGGUCUUGACAUUGACUGCAAAUUCAAAGCAAUAAAUAAAUGAAUAAAACAAGCUGAAUCAAUGAAUAAAAUUGUAAUAAUUUUCUAUUAUUAUUAAAUAUAUUUUUCUGUAUAUAUAUAUUGCGAAAAUAUAGCAAAUUAUAGCACAUCUUACUGUAUACUUUCUCUGACGAGAUAAUCAAAUUUAUGACAUCUAUACAAGUUGUGAUAAAUGCAGGUGUUUAAUUAUGAAAAUAUUUUCAUUCGCACGGUAACUGCGCGCGAAAAGAAAAACAUUUUAUAUACAUUAAUAUCGUAUUUGACAAUAAACACCGCACACAGUUUAUAUCUCACGUUACGCCUCCGUAAUAUUGAUCUGGACGCCAGUGGACAUGCGUUUAGCGCGUUUAACUUCAUUGUGACAGGUGCCCUGUCCGGGGUAUCCUGUUCGAAGUAUCUCGUCGGCAGGAGCACUAUGAUGAUCGUGAUAAAUAAUAUGUGACAUCGCUUCACAACGCGUAGCUCAGAAUCAUGAAAAUCAUAUAUCCCGUACGUGUUUGUUGAUGGAACAACGAAGCACCGAGGCGAGACAGCGUCGACUAAUAUUUGAAACAUGUGCCUUCAUCGUUACGACUAAGUAACCCGUUAAUCUGAAAAAAAACAUGACUGCCAUAGGCAACGUGCAAGCUUUGCAGACUCUCACAGUUUACACCAGCGAUGUAAAUAGCGUUGACUUCGCUGGUGAUUGCGUGCUGAUAACGGGAUCCGGGGAUAAACGCGUUCGAGUUUGGGAAUGGCAGCCCGGCACUGGCUAUGUGGAAGCUUAUUUUUCACCCCUGAUGGGGCACAAGUACGGCGUGACCUCGGUCAAAGCCAGCCCCCAAUCCACCAUGUUAGCUACUUCUAGCAUAGAUGGUACCACGCUGCUUUGGAACUUGCGUACGGGGGCAAAGAUAUAUACCAUGGUGCAGAUAGGCGGCGAAACGGUGAGAGUUUGCAGAUUUUCGCCGGAUUCAACGUUACUCGCGACCGCUGGAGAUAAUGGACAAGUCUGUAUCUGGGAUCUGGUUCAUCGCAAUUUAAUCAGGUGCUUUCAAAAACACGAGGGUGCCGUGCAAAGCGUGUCCUUUUCGCCAGAUUCCAGCUGGCUGAUCACCUCGUGCACAUUAGGCGUUCUAAAGCUGUUUUCCACUGCCGAGCUGAUUGAUACUUGUACGUCCAGCAAUGAGGAUGCCACCGAACUCGUCUCAAUUGACGAUGCUCAUGACAUGGGAGUGGUUUCUUGCGACUUCUCCACUUUUCAAGAAGUCACAUGUAACGAGCCAUACACUAAACUUUAUCAACUGGUCUCGUGCGGCAAUGAUCACGAUGUGAAAUUGUGGGAAAUCAUAGUGAGCCAAAAUAAAUGCGAGGCCCAACCCUCUACUGCCAUUAUACAGCUUUGCAGAGUGAUGGAAAAGCACAGCAGUGCCUUAACUUGCGUCCGUUUCAGCAAUAACGGAUUAUACAUUGCUAGCUGUGGCCUCGAUAAAACGGCAGUAAUUUGGGAGACGAGCUCAGGAAAGGUAAUGACGAUACUCUCCGGUCAUAACAGAUAUAUCGCUUGCUGCGCUUUUUCGCGCGAUGGAAACUUAUUAGCUACAGGCUCUAAUGAUAAGUCGGUAAUUGUUUGGGACUCGACAGGAAAUUUAACUGUCGAUUCGGAACUUUCAAGAAACGUUGGAACGAAAUGGUUCAUGAAUGAUCCUGAAAAGGAUACUAUGCAUGAACACAAUGUGAUGAAAAACGUCGAAACGUAUGCUAACGAAGUGCGAUUGAUUCAAAGACUGGAGGAGCACAAUGGAGCGGUGAACAGCGUUGCCUUCUAUGGAAAUAAUCUUUUAGCCUCAGCAUCCAGCGAUAAACUGGUGCGUAUGUGGAGUGUAGAAACUGAAGAGGAAGACGGAGAGGAAGUAAUUAAAAUACAAGAGAAGCCUUUCAGUCCACUCGACGCGCAUACUUAUAGCGUCAAUUACGUGGAAUUUAGUCCAUGUGGUUCCAUGCUCGCCUCUUGUUCUCUCGAUGGAACGGCUAUAGUUUGGAAUACAGAAAACGGAAGCCAAGCAAGAUCCUCGUUUGUCAAUUCCGGGACAGGUAUCCGUGUAUGCCGAUGGUCACCAGAUGGUACAAAAAUUGCUACUGCUGGUGAUGACGAGAAGACAACAUUAUGGGACGUGGAGACUAUGGAUCAGUUACAGGAAUAUUAUAGAGUUUUCGAGGGUCACGCCGACGCGAUAUCGGCCAUCGCAUUUACGCAUGAUUCCCGUUAUUUGGUGACCGCGUGCAACGAGGGUACUUGGCGUCUUUUCGAUACUCUGGAUGAGAAGAACGGUUCCGAAGCAUUGAUGGUUUGCGAUGCAAGUCACGAUCUGGGUGUUCAAGGAUGCGAUUUCAGUCCUACUACUUCAGGUUCCGCCAUAUGCACAAGAGACACAGACAUGAACCUCGAUGAGCAAAUAUAUUUACUGGCAACGUGUGGUAACGAUUCGUUGGUUAAAUUAUGGCAUAUAAUCAUAUCGAACGAGUCAUCAUCUAAUCCGGACAGUACCAGCUCAAGCAAUACCGGAACGCGUUAUAAGGAAAAAAAAUCCUUAACCGGACAUGGUGGAAAUGUAAUGUGUGUCCAUUUUUCGCCUAUCCAUGGAGAAGACUUAGGUAGCAAAAUAUGA